AUGGCUCCGGUUGCUGGUGCAGGAGGUGGUGGCAGUGCACACAGCUUGACAGGCUACUCCUUCAGUCCGAAGGCGUAUGCCAAGGCGGUGCUUCACAGCUGCAAACACUCGGCCGCGCCAGUUCUUGGGCUUCUACUUGGCACUGCAAAUGGAAAGGUGCUCAAGGUAGCGGAUGCCAUACCGCUCUUCCACACGCAUGCUCUGGCCCUGCCUGGCCAAGUUGAUGCGAGCUUCUAG